CGGAAGCAGGACCAGGACAACCUCCAAGCAAUGCGUCUCUGGCAGAGGUAUUGCUUAUCCCCUGACGCCGAAUACAAGUCUACCCAAGGCCGAUUUGCUAGCAACGUUGGAUUUUGUUUUCCCUUUCUUCUCUCCAUCUCUCGAUCUCUCCGGCUGUCGCCAUCGCCGCCGGAAGCUGAGGCUCGGUUUCCCCUCGGUACUGCGCCGGCGCCGUCGCAUCGGCCCCCCAUCCUCGCAUCGUCGCAUCCCGCCCCGCCUCCGCCAUCAUUAAUCGGUCUGUUCGAGUUUCAGACAGUCCCGCAGACGCGACGCUAAUGGGAUACUGUGUCUGACUCUCCCGAGCACUCGGGAUACGCGCACGCGCCGUGGUGCCUCGUCGACGCUGUUGACGCAGUUGACGCGGACAGCCAUGGCGGCGCAAUCGACGCUGCGGCAGUCCGCCGCCGAGGAGGCCAUCGCCGCCUUCAUUGACAAGUACACCGAGCUCAUCCGCAGCAAACUACGCAAAACCUCCAAGACCACCCGCCUGCUCUCCGCGCUGGCCCUCGUCGCAUCCAUCAUCCUUGCCGGCGAGGGCGCCCGUCGGCGGUGGAAGCGCAAGCGCGCAGAGCGAGAGGAAGGUCGCAAGCUGGUGCGCACCAACUCGUGGUUGCACAACAAGGACGGCUCCCGCACCAUCUUCGUGCCCUACAGGGACAGAACCGCCAAGGUGGUUAUCCACAGCACGAAGCGCCUCACCUUCGAGGCUCACCGGCGCCUGUUUCUGAGCCCUCCGAAGAAGUCGGGCCUGGCCGACGGGACGGUCCCCUCGCCCGAGACCAAGCCCGGCGUCAACUUGGCCUUCCUCCACCAGCUCAGCAGCCUGCUGAGCAUCAUGGUCCCGAGGUGGACCAGCAAGGAGGCCGCCCUACUGAUGGGACUGAGCGCGUCCCUGAUGAUGCGUACCUACUUGUCGCUCGUCGUUGCCCGCCUCGACGGUGAGAUUGUGCGCGAUCUCAUGGCCGGCAAUGGCAAGCUGUUCCUGUGGGGGCUGGUCAAGUGGUGCGGCCUCGGCGGCGUCGCCACGUACACGAAUUCCAUGAUCAAGUUCCUCGAGGGCAAAGUGUCCAUCGCCUUCCGCACGCGGUUGACGCGCUACAUCCACGACCUCUAUCUGAACGACAACCUCAACUAUUACAAGGUUCAUAAUCUAGAUGGCGGUGUGGGGUUAUCGACGGACCAGUUUAUCACGCACGAUCUCACCAGGUUCUGCGCCGCCGCGGCAAACCUCUACUCGUCGCUAGGGAAGCCGUUCGUCGAUAUUUGCAUCUUCAACUACCAGCUGUACCGGUCGCUCGGCCCCUUUGCCCUCACCGGCUUGUUUAGCGCCUAUCUCGCCAGCUCGAGCAUUCUAAGGAGGUUGGCUCCCGAGUUCGCUCAGCAGAGGGCCACAGAGGCUCAGACGGAAGGCGAGUUCCGCAGUCUCCAUGGGCGCCUGAUGGCCAAUGCCGAAGAGAUCGCCUUCUACGGCGGAGGCGAAAGGGAGAAGGGCUUCCUCGACGGUGUCUUCGAAUUGCUGAAGGAUCGGAAGGCCCUCAUGUACCGGGCCAGGGCCAGGUACAUCAUGUUCGAGGAUCUUAUCGUCAAGUACGGCUGGAGCGCCUACGGGUAUGCCUUAGCUUCGUUGCCCGUCUUCCUCCCCGCCUGGAGCGGCGCCCACGGAAAGUUGGAGCCAGCCGCACAGGCCGAGAAGGGCGGGCGCGAGCGAGGACGCAUGAAGAAUUUCAUCUUCAACAAGCGAUUGAUGCUGUCGCUUGCUGACGCCGGUACACGCAUGAUAUAUGAGCUCAAGGACCUUUCGGAGCUGGCCGGCUACACCAGCCGAGUUUACACGCUCAUCUCGACGCUGCACAGGGUCCACGCGUGCGCCUAUCCUGUUAAGGGCAUGGGAAAUGAGCUGUACUCCCUGUCGGACGUCCAAGGCACAAUGCAGCGAGGUUUUGACGGCGUCCGGUUUGAAAACGUGCCCAUCGUCGCUCCUUCUCUGUGGCCGAAUGGAGGCGAUGAGCUGAUUGAGUCUCUUUCGAUGAUUGUACGCAGCGGGGACCACCUCCUGAUCUCAGGCCCCAACGGCGUCGGCAAGAGCGCCAUCGCCCGCGUCCUCGCGGGGCUCUGGCCCGUUUACAGGGGCCUGGUCAGCCGACCCAAAAACAACGGCGAGGACGGCAUCAUGUUCCUCCCUCAGCGCCCGUACCUCAGCAUCGGCACUCUCCGCGACCAGGUAAUCUAUCCAGAUGGCGCGGCCGACAUGCGCGAGAAGCACAGGACCGAGAGAGACCUCCAGAACGUGCUCGACCUGGUCCACCUGGAUUACCUGCCCAAUCGCUUCGAGGACAGGUGGAAUGCUCGCAAGGAGUGGAAAGAUGUGUUAAGCGGCGGCGAGAAGCAGCGGUUGGCCAUUGCCCGGCUGCUCUACCACCAGCCCAAGUAUGCCUUCAUCGAUGAGGGCACGAGUGCUGUCUCCAGUGAUGUCGAGGGUCUCUUGUACGAGACGUGCAAGCAGAAAGGGAUCACGCUCAUCACCAUCUCGACCCGCGCCUCGUUGAAGAAGUAUCACCGCUACAGCCUCACGCUCGGCCUCGGCCCUUACGGAAACGAGUGGGACUUCCAGCGCAUCGGCACUCCGAGCGAGAAGAUGCAGGCUGAGCGCGAGCUCUCGGAGCUGAGGGCCCGGCUGGAGCAGGUGGAGGCGUGGAAGGCUAGGCACGCUGAAAUCGUUCGCGAGCUGGCGCAGGUGUGGGUUGAGGGUGGUGAAGACGGGGACACGGCGCCGCUUCCGUAUGGCGAGACGGAGCCGUCGCAGAAGACCGACACCGAGGCUGAGGAGACCCAGGAUGAAGCUGAUUUCCACGAGGCGCAGGAGAUGAUGGGCGAUGAGACGGACGCGGAGAGGAGACAUGGAACGUCGGAUGGGGCCGAAAUGAGGAACAGCACCGGUCGGGAGAGCGGGUCAACGGUUAUUGUAUGAGUUAUCGAUGAGUGGGAUGUGUUUGAUUCUGGACGUAUUAUGAUUAUGAAAAUGCACACAUACAAUACAGCGAACCAGCGUAGGAAACUCAUCUACUUUGUACCACUGCGUUGGUGCACUUCCCCGAGGAUGCCAUUCAGGGGUAAUGCGAUGGUGGCCAGGUAGCACACAACUGACCGCGCGGAAGGGAAGCUGAAUAAAAGAACCAGUGAAUCGAGAUUCUGAUCCCGACACAGUCUGAGGCCGCUGUCGCACUUGUGUGCUUAUGAAUGCAAAGGGGAACGGCUAUAGAACCGGGCAGCGCAUCGAAAAGACCGUUUAAUA